CCACUUGACAUCACACAAUUUUAUGUUCUAUGCAUGUAAUCAAAGCUUUUAUAUGUAUAGUUGGACAAUAUAACCUAACUUACCAAUUUAUACUUAAAUUAAUAAAUAAAUUUUUAAAAAUUUUUGAAAAAUGAGAGAAGUUAUAUUAUCACAUUGUGAAAAAAAUUUCGUGAAUAAGGCAAUCGACAAAGAAACGAGACUCGAUGGCCGGCAAUUAUUGGAAGCUAGGCCUGUCAAUAUACAUUUUGGAUCUAAUUGGGGAUGCUGUAUUGUUUCCUUGGGUCGAACAAAAGCUAUUGCGCAAGUAUCUUGUGAUAUUCAAAAACCAAAAGCUUCAAGACCAAAUGAAGGAAUGUUACAUAUAAAUGUGGAAUUAAAUCCAAUGGCUGCACCUUUUUUUGAAGCAGGACGCCAAUCAGAUCCAUCUGUUCAAAUAAAUCGUCAGCUUGAGCGUUGUCUUAAAGAUUCAAAAUGCAUUGAUUUGGAAUCCCUCUGCAUCGUAGCAGAUAAAAAAGCUUGGAAUCUGCGUGUGGAUAUCAAUAUUAUAAAUCAUGAUGGAAAUCUUGUAGACUGUGCAUCUAUAGCUGCAUUAGCUGCAUUAAUGCACUUUCACAGGCCAGAUGUGAGCUCCAGCGAAGAGGAAAUUAUUAUCCAUUCGUUUGCUGAGAAAGAUCCUUUACCAUUAACUAUAUAUCAUCACCCAGUAUGCAUCUCCUUUUUAGUAUUUGAAAAUGGCAACACCAUCAUGGAUCCGACUUAUCUUGAGGAAAAGGUCGGCGUAGCACAGUUAACAAUGGGAAUAAAUUCAUAUAGAGAAUUGUGUAGCUUGGAUUUUAAUUAUUUAACCAGAACUUCAGUAGCUGAUGUUAUACCAACUAUUUCAAAUCAAGCUGCCAAUUAUGCAGCUGAACUCGUGAGCCUCAUCAAGGAAUCCGUUCGACAGGAUGUUGAAGCUCGAUAUAAGAAGGAAGUGAAGAACUUUGGACGCUUUGAGAAUUGCAUAGCAACAGAUAAGUUGACAGCAAUGUUCACAGAUAAAAUUCCAAUAAAAUUAUCAUCAUGGGGGAAAAUGGAUGACAGAGAAGACGAAAUAAUGGAGGAUCAAAAGGAAAAUGAACAAAUCAUCAAGAUAAACAAAAAUUCAGCUGAGCUGCUACUCUUAAAAGGAGAUUUGUUUGGAAAUGGGGGAGUGAACACCUGGCAAAAUGAUUCAUCGUCAGAUGAUGAAGAGGAAUCUUCCGAUGAAGUAGUAAUGGUGGAAGAAACUAAAACAAAAUGCCAUGUCUUGGAUGAUAUAGAACUCAGUGAGGACAGUGAAGAAGAGGAGACGCAAAAUAUGACUAAGGAUGAUAUCCAGACGUGAAGAAUGAAAACAAUAAAGGUGUUUGCUUAAAUAAAUUA